GCAGGCCCCGGAUGUCGUGUGCGCCGCCGUCCCCGCCGAUGGGUCGGGACACACGCUCGCGCUCGCGGUCCGCGGGUCGCAGAGGCAGGAGGCAGAGGAGCCGGAGCGGGAGCCGGAGUCGAAGUCGGAGCGGGAGUCAUGGGCGGCGAAGCCGGCGGCGCCGGGACGACGAGGGGCGGCGCAGGCGGAGGCGGCGGAGCCGGGAGCGCAGGUCAGAUUCAGAGGAAGAGCGGUGGAAGCGGCGAGGGAGGCAGAGCCGCAGUCCCCCACCACCCCGUUGUCACUCACAGGACCGGUCCUCUCGGUCCAACUCAGGUGAUGAGCGGAGGCAGCAGCAACGUGGCAGAUGGGUCCGCCGGCGACGGACACGCUCUUGGUCUCCAGGCUCCUCCGGAUCCAGCUCAGCAUCCCCAGACCACUCCCAGAGUCCUCAGGAGGCAGCAGCCGCCCUGAGCCAGCAGCAAAGCUUGCAGGAGCGGCUGCGCCUGCGCGAGGAGCGGAAGCAGCAGGAGGAGCUGAUGAAGGCCUUCGAGACGCCAGAGGAAAAGCGGGCUCGGCGGCUGGCCAAGAAGGAGGCAAAAGAGAGGAAGAAGCGGGAGAAGAUGGGCUGGGGGGAGGAGUACAUGGGCUACACCAACACUGACAACCCCUUCGGCGACAACAACCUCCUGGGCACCUUCAUUUGGAACAAGGCACUGGAGAAGAAGGGAAUCAGUCACCUGGAGGAGAAGGAGCUGAAGGAGCGGAACAAGAGAAUCCAGGAGGACAAUCGGCUGGAGCUGCAGAAGGUGAAGCAGCUGCGGCUGGAGCGGGAGCGGGAGAAGGCCAUGCGCGAGCAGGAGCUGGAGAUGCUGCAGCGGGAGAAGGAGGCGGAGCACUUCAAGACAUGGGAGGAGCAGGAGGACAACUUCCACCUCCAGCAGGCCAAGCUGCGCUCCAAGAUCCGCAUCCGCGAUGGCCGAGCCAAGCCCAUUGACCUGCUCGCCAAGUACAUCAGUGCUGAGGAUGACGACCUGGCCGUGGAGAUGCACGAGCCCUACACCUUCCUCAACGGGCUCACUGUGGCUGACAUGGAAGACCUGCUUGAGGACAUCCAGGUAUACAUGGAGCUCGAGCAAGGCAAGAAUGCAGACUUCUGGCGGGACAUGACCAUUAUCACGGAGGAUGAAAUCUCCAAGCUCCGCAAACUGGAGGCCUCGGGCAAGGGGCCAGGUGAGAGGCGGGAAGGCGUCAACGCCUCGGUCAGCUCUGAUGUGCAGUCAGUCUUCAAGGGGAAAACGUACAGCCAGCUGCAGGUCAUCUUCCAGGGCAUCGAGGGCAAGAUCCGGGCCGGGGGUCCCAACCUGGACAUGGGCUACUGGGAGAGCCUGCUGCAGCAGCUGCGGGCCCACAUGGCUCGAGCCAGGCUUCGGGAGCGGCACCAGGACGUGCUGCGGCAGAAGCUGUAUAAGCUGAAACAGGAGCAGGGGGUGGAGAGUGAGCCACUGUUCCCCAUCCUCAAGCAGGAGCCCCAGUCUCCUGGACACAGCCUGGAGCCUGAGGAGCCAGCCCCAACCCCACCCGGGCCCUCAGAGGGCGGCCCCCCAGAGCCAGAGGCAGAAGGAACAGCCCCAGCUGAGGGCGAGGCGGACGGGGAGGCCGUGCUCAUGGAGGAGGACCUGAUCCAGCAGAGCCUGGAUGACUACGACGCAGGCAAAUACAGCCCCCGGCUGCUCACGGCCCACGAGCUGCCGCUGGACGCCCAUGUGCUGGAGCCAGAUGAGGACCUGCAGCGCCUGCACCUGUCGCGGCAGCAGCUCCAGGUCACAGGUGACGCCAGCGAGAGCGCUGAGGACAUCUUCUUCCGGCGGGCCAGGGAGGGCAUGGGCCAGGACGAGGCGCAGUUCAGCGUGGAGAUGCCGCUGACGGGCAAGGCCUACCUGUGGGCAGACAAGUACCGGCCGCGCAAGCCACGAUUCUUCAACCGUGUGCACACGGGCUUCGAGUGGAACAAGUACAACCAGACGCACUACGACUUCGACAACCCGCCACCCAAGAUCGUGCAGGGCUACAAGUUCAACAUCUUCUACCCCGAUCUCAUCGACAAGCGCUCCACGCCCGAGUACUUCCUGGAGGCCUGCGCCGACAACAAGGACUUCGCCACGCUGCGCUUCCACGCCGGGCCGCCCUACGAGGACAUCGCUUUCAAGAUCGUCAACCGUGAGUGGGAGUACUCCCACCGCCACGGCUUCCGCUGCCAGUUCGCCAAUGGCAUCUUCCAGUUGUGGUUCCACUUCAAACGCUACCGCUACCGCCGGUGACCUGCGAGGGUGUGGCUGGUUCACGCCACACCUGGGGCUCCCCUUAGGGCCUCCUGUUUGCCAGCAUGGAGAGGUCGUCACCAGAACCCAAGGGGAUGCAUGACCCCGGGUCCUGCCCUAUGGGAGGGGCCGAAGGUGGGGUUUUCAGAGCUCAGAAACCGAGCGUCCCCGGCCUCUGUCCAGAUGGGUGAGCUGAGGCCUCCUCCCCCUCCACUCCCAGCCUUGUGGUUUCUGUGCUGCGGGGCUGCCUUCAUUGGCUGGAGAGGGCACAGGGUACAGAUAUGGGGCCGCUAGGCUUGCAGGGGGCAUGAAGCCCAAGUCCAGGAUGUUGACCAGCCCUUAGAUGUGACCACUGGCCACAGAACCCAGACUCUGGGCCCUUCACGAAUACGCAACCACGGGCCCUGGAUCCUUUCCUGUGCCCUUCCAGAAGGUUCCAACUAGGGGAUAUCUGAGUUCUGUGGUUCCCUAGUUGCCCCUGGUGCUGGCCAAGGGGUUGGCUCCCUCAGGUGGGGGGUGGGGGCACAUCAUCAUACACCUUCAGGUCCAGGACCCAAGGGUCACAAGACAACAUCCUGUGGCCACCCAGCAUCAGCACUCCUGGGGGUCUGGCCUCCGGGUGAGGCUGCAGUACCCCACCUGGACCAGUCCCAGAGCUGCAGGGUGUCUGCCCGCAUCCUGCGUCAGCACAGCCACAUUCCUCAGGCUGCCUCCCGGCCACCAUGGAGCUGCCCCCUCAUCUCAGCUAGACAGUCAGCCAGACAGGCAGAGCCACUGUCAUGGACUGUCAGCCACCCCUCGGGCAGGACAACCCCAGAAACAAACUUCUAACAUUUUAUUACAGAGACAAUUCCAACCAAAAGUGGGAAGAAUCCUACGUCAGACCUGAAGUGCCGCCCGGAACCCAGAUUUCAUCUGGAAAUAUUUUAGGUUGUUUCUCUAAAAAGACUUUUUUAGGUGGGGUGGGAAAUCAUAUUUUCAUUUAAUUGGCCUACUGGUGAGUGCAUGUUUUUUUAAUAAACACUUUAUUUUAGAGUAAUUUCAGAUUUUCAGAAAUGGCACACAGCGAGGCUUCCCACACCCAGCGUCCCCGCUGUCUGCAUCGUGUGUGACCACAGCGCCCAUGUGGCCGCUGAGCGCUGAACUGAACCGAGAAGAACUUCUGAAGACAAACACCACACCUAAAAAUACUUAGCAGUGGUUUCGUUAGAAAGUCGUUUGCCACCAUGACUUUCUCGAUCUUUGCCCCUCCUUGGUCUCACCUCCCCCACAGAGAGCACCGUCUGCUCCUGAUACGGAUAACGGCUGGGCGCCAAGGAGCUGCACGCCUGGGCCAAGGGUCACCCACAGACUACACUGGGACAUUUCUCACUGUUGCACCUGGAGGUGCUGUGGGCACCCGGUGGGUAAGGUCAGGGGUGCUGCUGCACACCCCCACAGUGCGAGUCUAGUUUCUGUGUUAGCAGUGCUGAGAGGGACUCCAUAGGCCGCUGGUCGCCUCCCAGCCCUGACCUGAGGCAUCCCAGGUUUCCCUGCUACAGCUUAGGCCUCCAUUUUGCCCUGCCCCACCUCUCACAAGGAAGUGGCCCUAUUCUAGACGACAGGGCUUGGCCAGGGGCAGCUCUCCACACUGCAGACCCGGGCCAACUUGAUCCAGGAUUAAGAAAGUACAUAAUGGGGCCUCCCCUGGUGGCGCAGCGGUUGAGAGCUGGGUUGUGAGGCUGCCCGCAGCCUCUGC